AUGGACACAAGGUCAACUAUUUGUACGAAUGGUGUUAACCUUCAAAAUGUGAAUAAGAAAGAGUCACUAAUGCAAAGAAUUAAAAAUCAACAAAAUGCUCUAAAUGUCCUUGAACAGCGCUAUUCAGAGGCAAGUAAACAGCAUGAUACUUUGUUGGAACAUAUUAGGCAAAAAUCAAGUGACUCUGAAAAACUUUUAAGCAGUCUUCGAAUUCGUGAACAACAAAAUACAAAGAAUCUUAACAGUUAUUUGAAUCCUUUGUAUUCAACCGACCAAAAUGUCUCCACUUCCUCCCUCAAUGUUACUUCUCUCCAUAAUUUGGAUCCCUCUCCGCAUCCCUCUCAUAAUCCACUUCCCGAUUCCUCCUCGUCUUUGAAACGACCUUGGAAUUCUUUAACCGUCUCUAUGUCUACAGAUUUUACACAGAUCCCAGUGGAUCCAUCCGUGGAGCUAGUUCUCAGUCGAUUCCUGCAUAGUCUUCGAUCCUCAGAGGCUCAGAUUGCUUCAAACAGAGCGGAACUACAGCGCUGCAAAUUCACAGAAGAUAGGUUUGUUCUACCUUCGUUUCCCUGCAUAUUUUAG